CCCCUCUCUCUAGAAUUCACAACAUUCUCGCCGACUCAGUUCAGCUUCAGUUGGAGUUGGAGACACUACACAGUUUUAGAUUUUCCAUUUAGUCUGCGGAUUUCCUUCUCAGUGAUAGUCUCAUUGUUGCUUUUAAAAUCUUGUUCAAAGUUGAAUUUUCAUCAUGUCGAUUCGCACCAUAGACACUGAAGAUAAAUUGGAGUACCAAUUCAUCCCGGUGACUGGAAGCCAGCUACAAUUUCGUGUAAGAGCCUCGAAUGAUGCUCAUGUCGCACUUACUCCUGGUCCCCAAGAGGGAGAACCAAUGUACGAGGUUUUCUUUGGCGGAUGGGGAAAUUCAAAAUCCGUUAUUCGAAAAAAUAGGACCAAGCCAGAAGUUGCUGAAGCUCAGACCCCCGAAAUUCUGAGCAACGAUGAGACCCGAGGAUUUUGGAUUAGAUGGAACGAAAAUACAAUUACUGCAGGAAAGGAAGGGGACAAUGAGCCUUUGUUAUCCUAUACAGAUCCUGAACCAAUUGUCGUAGGAUACACUGGAUUUUGUACUGGCUGGGGUGCUUCUGGACAAUGGCAACUGGAAGGAUAUCAACCAAUCACAACUUUGAAUGACCUGAAAUACACAUUCCAUCCUGCCCCUGGUGCUGUUAUUAUUGAAGUGAAAGCGAAAAGUAAUGCUCAUGUGGCAUUAUCGAGAUCAAAAGCUGAAUCCAGCCCGAUGUACGAAAUCUUGCUGGGUGGUUGGGAAAAUACUGCUUCUGCCAUCAGAUACGAUCGAAAACAGCCAGAUAAGGUUCGCAAAGACACACCAAACCUCCUGCAUCCUGGUGAGUACAAGAAAUUCGCAAUUUGUUGGCUGAAUGGCCACAUUUCGGUGAGAGCUGUGGACCAAAAUGGCCCUGUGAUUUUGGAAUGGAAAGAUCCAAAUCCAUUUGGAAUCACCCACGUUGGAGUGAGAACUGCUUGGGGAGCCACUGGAAAAUGGAAUAUCAGAAUCGAUCAUCCCUAUCCUACGGGAAACCCCACGGGAAGGAGCAAUGUUGAAACUGUUCGUGCACCAGAGCCUUCAGCGCCUUCAGAACGUACGGUUCCAGGAUCUACUGGAAUUUGGCGUGAAUCAGUUGCUGGAAUGGUGCCUUCCGAUGCAGUGGAAGGAGGAAGGGACCUUGAUGGACCUUUGUAUGUUGGAAGAGCACACCAUGAGGGUGCUCUUAUUCCUGGCAAAGUGAACCCGCAACAUUCAGCUUGCUACAUUGCAUGGGGUGGUGUCGAACAUGGAAAAGAACAAUACGAGGUUCUCUGUGCCCUUCCCUCUACCUGGGUACCAACCAGUGGCGAUAAUAUUCCACCAAACGCAAUUCCCGCUGGAAACACCGAAGACGGGGAGGUCCUCUUUGUUGGUCGUGCAAAUCACGAGGGAACAGUAACAAUUGGAAAAGUGCAACCGUCCCACAAGGUUCUCUACAUUCCAUUUGGCGGCCAAGAGGUUCCUCUCCCCGAGUACGAAGUGCUCGUCUCUUAAAAAAUGAAGAAAAUUUUCGCAAAAGCUCUUCUCAUUUUGAAGGCCUUGAAUCUCGACGAUUCCCACUACGUAGAAAACGUAAAACGAAACACAGAAUUCAAGAACCUUUCAGCCAGAAUGCACAAAAGUAGAAAUAAUAUAAUCGGGCUUUAAAGAAAAAACUUUCAACUCUACGGAUUGCGAAAUUGAUUCUGGUCUCAGAAAUGGAAUAAUAAUAGAAUCAGAAUCAGUAAUUGAAGAAGUAAAUUGAGCGUUAUAGAAUAAUUUGCAGCAAGGUGAACAUUCUUUAAAAGAUGCGUCACGAACUGUCAAAUGCCUUUCUGAUUUAUAAGACCUUGAAUCUCAUUAAGUUUUUUUUUACGCUGAAAGCGCACAGUAGAAUAGGAAAUAGAAAUUUGUUUCAGUUUGUGAUAAUAUUUAUGUGAAUUCUAAAGCUUUUGCACAAGAUGAACUGUUAUAUUGGAAGAUAUGGGAAUGGAGAAUAAGUCGAGAGAUGUUAGAUGAUAUACAGUAUACACUAUACAUAAUAUAUUUUUCAAAACUUUUUUGCUCUUUGCUUUGUUGUUAGAUGUAUAAUAAUAUUAAUAUAUUUUUUGAAGUAUGUCACUCGCUGGAAUCGAAUAUUAAAUGAAGUAAUAAAGCGCAAUAUAAA